AUGCGGGCGCUGACACCUCUCCUACUCCUCACCGCGCUGCCAGCCACUCGUUCGCUGACGCUCCUCGCGCCGGCGGCUCGGCCUCACGUCCUGCGGGCGCCGCCCGUCGCAGCGCGCGUGCCCAAGGCCUUUCGCGGCGGCCUCGAUCUGUCGGAGGGCUCAGAAUGGGAGGGGCAGGUGGAGGAAAUCACUGACUUCGGCUGCUUCGUCCGGCUAGGGCGGCUCGGCGUCCAGCGCCACCGCGGGCUGCUGCACGUCUCGGGCCUUUCGGAGGAGCGGCUGGAGUCAGCCGCCGUGCCAGAUUACGUCGAGGAGACUGUCGGCCCGGUCGGGAGCAAGGUGCGCGUCCUCGUCCGAUCGCUCGAGCCUCGAGUCUCGCUGCAGCUCCUCGAGGUGCUCUCGAGGCAGAGCGCGAGCGAGCUGUCAGAGCGGGCGAUCAUGCGGAGCGUGGCGGAGGGCGAGGAGGGGAGCUGA